GUCUUUAGCGGCGAUAAAGACGAAGAAGAAAAAACAAUGAAGUUCUUGAAGCAGAACAAGGCCGUGAUCCUCCUUCAGGGCAGAUACGCCGGAAAGAAGGCUGGACACUGCCUCGUCGCCGGACUCAAGAAGUACCCGAGCAAGGUCAUCCGCAAGGACUCGGCAAAGAAGACGGCCAAGAAAUCUAGAGUUAAGUGUUUCAUUAAGGUCGUUAACUACCAACAUCUGAUGCCUACUCGUUACACACUCGACGUGGAUCUCAAAGAAGUCGCCACCCUGGAGGCUCUUUCGUCCAAGGACAAGAAGGUAGCUGCUCUCAAGGAGGCUAAGGCAAAGCUUGAGGAACGUUUCAAGACCGGGAAGAACAGGUGGUUCUUUACCAAGCUCAGGUUCUGA